AUGGAUGUGAUCGAAAUUAUUGAUCCUCCUGCUUCAAAUGGGCAUUUCUUAGUAGCGAUUGAAUAUUUCACCAAGUGGGUUGAAGCCGCGUCCUAUAAGCAUGUGACUAAGAAAGUAGUGUCGGAUUUCUUGAGAAAUAAUAUCAUCUGUCGUUUUGGGGUACCAAAGACAUUGAUCACCGACAAUGCCAAGAACCUCAAUAAUGAUAUGGUGGAUGGAUUGUGUGAACAGUUCAAAAUUAGACAUCGAAAUUUGAUUAUUUACAGGACUCAGAUGAACGGAGCCGUUGAAACUGUAAAUAAGAAUUUGAAGAAGAUCAUUCGUAAAAUGACUGAAACACACCGGAAUUGGCAUGAGAGACUGCCUUAUGCACUGAUGGCAUAUAGAACUGUGAUCAGCACACCUACCGGUGCAACUUCUUACUCUCUUAUGUAUGGAAUGGAAGCAGUAUCGCCUGCAGAAGUUAAAAUUCCUUCCUUACGCAUUUUGAUGGAAGCUCAGAUUGAAGAAACUGAAUGGAUCAGAGAACGUCAUAAGCAGUUGUCUCCGAUUGAUGAAAAGAGAUUGAAUACCAUCUGUCAUGGACAAUAUUAUCAGCAACGAAUGGUUCGGGCUUACAACAAAAAAGUCAAACCCUGUUUGUUUGAAGUUGGAGAUAAGGUCUUGAAACGAAUUCUUCCAAUCAAGAGGAGGCUAAAGGGAAGUUUGCUCCCAAUUUGA